AUGGAAGCGCCGUCGGAGGACGAUUUGGACGUGGAGGCGAACGCGGACAGCACGGGCGGCUACACGUUCGUGUUGGAGAAAGCCACGUUGGAGACGGCGAAAAUCGGCAAAGGGUACGCGCUUUUAAACUGCGACGACCACGCGAAUUUCAUCAAACGUCACGGGAAACAACCGGGAGAUUAUCGACCGGAUAUAUGCCACCAAGCGCUUCUGGCGAUACUCGAUUCGCCUCUGAACAAAGCCGGGAAAGUGCGAGCGGUGUACGUGAACACGCAGAAAAACGUGCUGAUAAAAAUCAGUCCGCACACGAGAAUACCGCGAACGUUUAAACGAUUUUGCGGUUUGUUCGUGCAAUUGUUGCAAAAGCUCUCCGUGCGCGCGUCGAAUGGUCCAGAUAAGCUGUUAAAAGUCGUCAAGCAACCGGUGACGAAAUACUUCGCCGCCGGCGCUCGAAGAGUGGGAUUUAGUUUUAGCGCGCCCGAGGUGAAACGGAUGCGAGAGUUCGUCGCGAACGAUUUGAAGGAAGAUAAAGAAUCGGUCGUGUUUUGCGUCGGCGCCAUGGCGCACGGGAAAGUAGACGUCAGUUGGACGGAUGAUUUCAUAUCGGUUUCGCAGUAUCCGUUGAGCGCGGCGUGUUGCAUCGGGAGGAUUUGCAACGCGUUGGAGUUGAAGCACGAUAUCGUUUAA